AUGGAAACGGACGUAAAUCAAGACAUUCAAGAUUAUUGGAACGAAGUUAAACAUCAUUCGGGAUCGGAAGAGAUAGGCGAAGAAGAUUUGAGUUCAAGAAGUUGCGAGGAAGGAGAACUCGAAACGGAAUGGCUCAAAGACGCGGGUCUGUCACACUUGACGGAACCCUUUCUGCACGGGCUAGAAGUUUCAGAAUCCGAAUUGGAAGGGGCUCUACUCGAUUUCUCCAAACUCCAAGCGGAGGCUAUCAAAAGACGAGUGAAAACGCUCAACAACACAAUACGUCAGAGACGGUCGAAAGCCAAACAUCGGAAAGCAGACGUGAGAGACGUUUUCAAAGAUUAUGAAAAUCACAGUUCGGGAUCACAAUCGAGAAGUGUCACUCCGGAUUCUUUAGAUUCCGUCGAAAUAAGAUUGAACGACGUUGAUUCAUUCACGACGACGAUACACUUACCUGGCAGCAACAUUUCCGGGGUACCAUGGAAACUGAAGAAACCUCUAUCUCGAGCACCCAGCGCUCCCCCGAUAAAUCAUGUAAAAAAAAAUCAAAACGUUCAAAAUCAUAAUUAUACGAAUCGUGAAAUAUUUAGAAAUUACGUUCCCGACAUUGCAGACUCUGUUUCAGACGGAUUACGACUCAUCAGUUACCAGUACCUAGGAACUCUACCGAGAAACAGAAGCGGGAGCGAUCCUCUUUACCUCGACGUGACCGUGGAAGAAUCGGAAAAAUUGGAUCCGUCGAGACUUCGAAAUCUUUCUCCGUCCAACGGUAGAAGGUUGAGCAGGAGUCACGGAAACCUUUUAGACGUAGAAGAAAAAUACAGCAUUUAUAAUAAUAAUAAUAAUAAUAAUAAUAAUUACAACGAAAGCGAAGACAGAACGUGGAUCGAUAGCUUGGACGAAGCCGACGUUUUACUUUUGAGGCCAAGAUUUUUGGCAGAAGUGACGUCACUAUUCGAUUCGAGCAACAAACCAUUGCAAAAGCGGAAACCGUAUAAAAGUAAUCGGAAAUCGGAUGGUGCCGUGUUCGGAUUACCAUUAAAUGUUCUUCUGGAAAAGGACGAAAGGAUAUUAUCGACUCAGGGCUCUCUUCUCAAAAACGUACCGUACAUAUUUCAAAAGCUCAUAAAUCAUCUCGAACAGCAUUCGCUCAAAGAUGAAGGAUUGUUACGGGUGGCUGGGCUCAAGGGAAGAACGGAAAUUCUCACAAACGCAAUAGAAAAUCAUUUUUAUUCGGACAUGAUAAAAGUCGACGAGAUACUUUAUCAGGUGACGUCACACGACGUGGCAUCAGCUCUUAAAAAACUUUUGAGAGACCUUCCGGAACCCCUUUUAACGUUUAAAUUUUUAUCCACGUUUUACGACGUUCACGAACUCGACGAAAACAAGAGGAAAACGGCGCUCAACCUUUUGAUUCUUCUCCUUCCGAAAGAAAAUCAAUCCACUCUCCGGUACCUCUUUCAAUUUCUGAUCAAAGUUUCACGUUUGGAAGAAUACAACAAAAUGGGAAUACACGGGAUAGCCACCAUAUUGGCACCGUCGCUUUUCCCUCCGAGGUUUGUGAGACUGUCAAAGGACGACAUGGCGUCGCAAGUGAAAUCCGCAGAGAUUUGCAUUGAAUUGACUGAAAUUCUUCUCUCGUACGGAGAGUCUUUGUGGGUCGUACCAAAGUACCUCGUGUCGCAAUUGCGAAGUUUGAAUCAAACGAGACAAGAGAGAAAGGAAAACAAUAAACCGAAGCUUCUUUUCGGUAAAGCGAGGCAUAAAAUCGUGAGUAGAGUUCGAGACGUUCAAGAUGGAGUCAUAAUCGUCGAAGCGAGUCAGUUCGGAAUGAAACAUUUUCCGAUUUGCAUAACGGAAACGACGACGGCUCGCGACGUUAUUUUCAAGAUAAUGCACGAGGGUAUGAUGUUGGCGGACAAGAAGAAAACGCCGCCGAGAGAAAGAUCUAGACCGCUGUCGGAAUUGGCACCCAGAGGCCUCGCUCUGAGUUGUUUCUUAUCAUCCGCCGCGCCGGAAAUGGCUCUACAAACUCAUUUCCUUUGCGAAGUCGGCGGAAACAUAGUCAAGAGAGAAUUGGAACACAGCACGAUAGUCGCGAGCGUAUUACGGGAAAAUCCAGGAGCAUCGUGGAAAUUACAAUGUCGUCACCGGAAUUGUCCGAAACGAUGA